UACACCACUGUCCCAUUUGCAAUCAAUAUCUAUACUAUGGCUCCCCAAACAGCCAUCUCCGCACGAAGUGCCUACCGUCAACUCCUCCGCGCCACCCGCGUCGCUUUCCAAGAUGACGUCCGAGUCCUCGUCGCAUCCCGACAGGAAGCACGCCGGAACUUCGAUGCCCACCGCCGCCUAGCCGUCGAUACGCCGAUGCAGAUCAAACACGCUGUUGAAGUCGCGGAUCUCCUUAGACAUAACCUCGUGCAGGGGUCAAGGGAGCAGGGUGUUGAGGAUGCGAGGUGGGAACUCCGUAUCCACGAGGAGAUCGAGCGAGGGGAUAAUGACUCGAUCAAGGUUGGAGGGAAGAGUGUCAAGGUUGAUAAGCCCUGCUCGGCGCAAUGAUUGUUGCAUACCUUGAUUAUUUCCCUUCUCGUUUCCCAUGGAUGGUCUUUACGCUUACGCAUACUGUAUUCUUCUGAACGAUUACUGGAGCGAAAGCAGAAGCACUCGCAGAUUGUAUUAUAGUAUACCCAAUUUUUUCUCUCCUUUGGCGUUUUGGGGGUACUUUA